AGAGUCUAUGAGAAACAGAAGUUCCUUGAAAGAAAAUGUUAGUCUAACCAGUAAAAGUGAUCUCAAGAAGGAUCAAGACAACAAAAAUCCAAGGCCUCUGCACCCUUUUCAAGAAAUUGUUUUGAAGAUGCCAUCAGUGGUAUUGCCCUCCAAGGUGAAAACAGUCCGGAAGUCUAUGAGUAACAGAAGCUGCCUGGAAGAAAAUGUUAGUCUAACCAGUGAAAAUAAUAUCAAGAAGGAUGAAGACAACAAAAAUCCGAGGCCUCUGCACCCUUCGCAGGGAACUGUAUCGAGUAAGCAUUCCUCAAAGGAGAAAACGGUUGGGGAGUGUAGGAGUAACAAAACUGAUCCGAAAGAAAAUGUUAGUCUAACCAGUGAAACUGACCUCAAGAAGGAUGAAGGUGUUUAUCUUGGUGUUGAAGAAGAUUCAGAUACUCAAAAUGAGAAUGGGGAUGAUGGUUUAGGAGAUAUUUGGCAGGAGAUGUCAAUGGCAUUGGAGAUUUCCAAGGAUGGUUUGAGGAUCUUUCAAGUGAACGGAUGUCAGAAGAUGAGGAUUGUGACCAUUCUUUUGUAUUGAAGGAUGAUAUUGGUUACGUGUGUCGCAUUUGUGGAGUUAUUGAUAGAGGAAUUGAGACCAUAAUUGAGGUUCAGUUUAACAAGGUUAAAAAGAGUACACGCACUUAUGCCGUAGAAGGACGGAAUGCCAAAUAUAGAGGGCCGACUGAAACUGUUGGAAUUAAGUUGUCUGAAGGUGAUUUAACAGUAACUAACAUAGCUGCUCAUCCAAGACAUAUGAAGCAAAUGAAACCUCAUCAAUUAGAGGGCUUUAAUUUUCUGCUAAGCAAUUUGGUAACAGAGAACCCUGGGGGCUGCAUCCUGGCCCAUGCACCUGGAUCUGGAAAGACGUUUAUGAUAAUCAGCUUCAUGCAAAGUUUCCUAGCCAAAUAUCCACAAGCUAAACCACUAGUUGUUCUUCCGAAAGGUAUCUUGGCUACAUGGAAAAAGGAGCUCCUAACGUGGCAAGUAGAGGAUAUUCAACUGCUUGAUUUUUAUUCUGUGAAAGCUGAAAAUAGGUCUCAGCAGUUAGAGGUGCUGAAGCAGUGGGUUGGGAACAAGAGUAUCCUUUUUCUGGGGUACAAGCAGUUCGCUACCGUAAUUUGUGAUGGUGGAAACGGACAGACUUCCGUUUCUUGCCAGCAGAUACUGCUCAAAGCACCUUCAAUUCUAAUUUUGGAUGAAGGCCAUACACCAAGGAACGAAAACACCGAUGUGUUACAAUCCCUUGCAAAGGUUCAAACACCUCGAAAAGUUGUACUUUCAGGAACUCUCUAUCAAAAUCAUGUCAAAGAGGUGUUUAACAUAUUGAACCUUGUUCGGCCGAAAUUUCUUAGGUCAGACUCUUCGAAAUUAAUAAUGAGGAGGGUAAUGAGCAAGGUACAAAUACCUGGUGGGAGGAAACAGUUCAAAGCUGGAGCAGAUGCAGCCUUUUACGAUUCGGUGGAGCACACUUUGCAGAAGGAUGAAAACUUUGAGAGGAAAGUCUCCGUCAUACAUGAUCUACGUGAGAUGACCAGCAAAGUUCUUCAUUACUACAAAGGUGAUUUUUUGGAUGAGCUUCCUGGACUUGUUGAUUUCACCAUUGUACUCGGUCUUAGUCCCAGACAGAUGGAUGAAGUUCAGAAGUUAAAAAGGUAUCAAAGGAGGUUCAAGAUUUCAUCUGUUGGAAGUGCUCUUUAUUUACAUCCUAAACUGGGUUCUUUCUCGGAGAAGUCUGACACAACUGAUGAUAAUAUCGAUGACAAGAUGGAUGACUUGCUAGACAAGUUAGAUAUCAAAGAAGGAGCCAAAGCAAAGUUCUUUCUCAAUAUGUUAAAUUUAUGUGAGUCGGCCUGUGAGAAGCUCCUUGUGUUUAGUCAGUAUCUCAUCCCCCUGAAAUUUUUAGAGAGAUUAUCUGUGAAAAUGAAGGGUUGGCAUCCAGGAACUGAGAUUUUCUCGAUCACUGGUGAAUCAAGUAAUGAGCAAAGGGAGUUAUCUAUGGAUCGCUUCAACAACUCUCCCGAUGCUAGAGUUUUUUUCGGAUCUAUCAAGGCUUGUGGAGAGGGAAUUUCUUUGGUCGGGGCAUCACGAAUUAUAAUCUUGGAUGUUCAUCUUAACCCAUCCGUUACCCGACAAGCCAUAGGCCGUGCAUUUCGCCCUGGACAAAAGAAGAAAGUGUAUUCAUAUAGACUGUUGGCAGGUGAUUCUCCUGAAGAGGAGGAUCAUGCUACUUGUUUCAAGAAGGAAUUAAUCGCAAAGAUGUGGUUUGAGUGGAACAAGUAUUCUGGUGGCCAAGUGUUUGAUAUGGAAACUGUUAAUAUGAACGAGUGCAAUGACCUGUUUUUGGAAAGUCCAUUGUUAAGAGAAGAUAUUAGGUCUCUUUACAAAAGGUAGAUGCCGGGACCGUGGCCAGGUGGCUACCAUCGACACAGGCAAUUUCUCACUUCUUUUUGUAGUCAUUCAGUCCGCAAUGUAGGUAAGUUUCAUAUGAAAGCAAAUAUGAACCAGCUAUAGAAAUCAACUUUGUUGACAUUUCCAGGUGACUUGGAGCACCCAGGAAGAUUUAUACCAUCUGCUAUAGAAAUCACUUUCUUACAGUACAUGAAACCUUUUUGUUCUACUUUUGUAUUUGGGUUAAACUGAAAUUUCUUUAAAAGCAUUGUCCUCUUCUAAGAACCCUCAUU